UAAUAGUUAUCCUUAAGUAUUUGAAUCUGUUACUAAUCAUUAUAAUUAAUAAUAUAUUGGCGUAUUUGAACAAUUCUCGGUUAUCACAUCAUCGCCCCAUCUAUUCAUUCUUGAGAUUACAUGUUCAUUUAGAUGUUUCAUGUAUAAUGUGUCUCUUCGAUAUAUUUUUGGUAUUAAUCAAGAUAUUAUAAUUUUUUGCGCAGUAUAAAUUACUAAAACAUAAAUAUUUUAACAAAUCAACAUGUCAAAAAAAAGAUCAAGAGAUGCUUCAAAGAGUUCAAAUGAUGUUGAAUUGCAGGUUAAUAACACAGGUUCAAUAAAGCAAUUAGAGAAUGUGAACAUCCAAAAUAAAAAUAAUCUUAUACCAUCUAUUUGUAAACCAGCUCCAUUUAGUACAGAUGCUGAUGCCAUUAUUGAACGAACUACAUGCGAUUAUGAUACAAAAAUAACAAUGGACAUGGCUAAUUCGAGCACUGCACCCAGAAAAAUAAGAGUUUAUGCUGAUGGUAUAUAUGAUAUGUUUCAUCAAGGUCAUGCAAGGCAAUUAAUGCAAGCUAAAACUAUUUUUCAAAAUGUUUAUUUGAUUGUUGGAGUGUGUAGUGAUAGAAUUACACAUGCAAGAAAAGGCAAAACAGUAAUGACGGAUGAAGAAAGGUAUGAAGCAGUAAGACAUUGUAGAUAUGUUGAUGAAGUUUUAAAAGAUGCUCCUUGGGAAAUUAAUGAUCAGUUUUUAAUAAAUAACAAAAUUGAUUUUGUUGCUCAUGAUGAUAUUCCAUAUAUAAAUGAAGAAGGAGAAGAUGUUUACCAAUCUUUAAAAGAUAAAGGUAUGUUUGUAGGUACUCAGAGAACCGAAGGUGUAUCAACAUCAGAUGUUAUAUCUCGAAUUGUUCGUGACUAUGACAUGUAUGUUAGACGUAAUUUAAAACGAGGAUAUAGUGCCAAAGAUUUAAAUGUAUCAUAUUUAAGGGAAAAAAGAUUAAAAUUACAAAACAAAAUGGAGGAGCUGAAAGAUCGUAGUAAGCGUGUUAUGGGGACCAUUGGCGAAAAAAGAGUAGAUAUAAUACAACGAUGGGAAGAAAAAUCUAGAGAUUUUAUUGUUUCAUUUUUAUUGCUAUUUGGUCGAGAUGGACCAAUUUCACAUUUUUGGAACGAUAGUAAAGGUAAAUUAUUACAAGCAUUUUCUCCUCCAGCAAGUCCAACAGAAAGCGGACGUAGUACCCCAGAAUUUGAAUCUAGCAGUUCAUCUGAAGAAAACUCGAGGUCGCCACCUAGAAAAUCAAUAAAAAAUGAUCACUAUUUAGAAGAUGAUUGUAAUGAUGAUGAUGAUGAUGAUGUUGAUAAUGAAGAAGACUUGUUAGAAAGAUAUGAUUAUAUUAAUGGAUCCAAUACUCAAUCUUAGUACCAAAUUAUUGUUAUGUUGAGAAAACAUUCUUAGCAUUAAUAGAUAAACUAAUCCUAAUGAAUAUGAAAUUAAAUUAUUUAUACACACAUAAAUGUGUUUUAAAAAUUAUAUAUACACAUUUUAUUUUAUACAAAAACCUACAUUUUUUUUAUUUUCAUACAUAAUUUUAUCAAUGUUAUGAAGAUUUAAAAGAAGUGUAGACAUUCAACUGUCAUUUACAAAUGUGAAGUGUUGUAUAAUUAUAAAGUUUAAUUUGUAUGCCUCUGCUUUUUAUAGAAUAUAUUUUGUAAAUGGGUUUAUAAAACACAA